GUCCCUGCGUGCUGACACCCGGGAGUGGAGCUGGGGUAAGCGGCAGGAGCUGCUGCUGGCACUGGGAGACACGGGAGAGAGGUGGCGGAGUGAGGCUGAUGAUCCCCGCUGCUGCCCUGGCCAGCCGCCUGCUGUGACCCCAGGAAGGUAGCGAUGGAGGGGUUCGGGGGAGCCCCCAGGUUCCUGGCCUACCCACGUGCCUUCAUGGUGCAAAGUGGCGCUGACGCGGUCCUGAGCUGCCAGAUCACGGGCAACCCCCGGCCGAGCAUCCUCUGGGAGAAAGACAAGACCCCGAUCGAGCCCUCGGACCGCUUCCACGUGGAGGCCAAGGGGGACCUGUACAGCCUGCUGGUGUCCUGUGCCACCCCCCAGGACAGCGGGCUCUACAUCUGCAAGGCCAAGAACAGCGUUGGUGAGACCUAUGCUGCAGCCACGCUCAAGGUGGAGGUGGGGGAGCCCCAGGAAGAGGGAUGCUCAGGUGGUGAGGCGCCCACCUUCCUUGUUGCCCCCUCGUCCACACGGGUGUGCCGGGGGGAGGACGUGAUGUUCGCCUGCAGGGUGUUUGGGCAGCCCUGCCCUGUGCUGGAGUGGGAGAAAGAUGGACGCAAGCUCUCCGACAUCUUUGAGAGCAGCCACUUUGCGGUGGGGCAGGAGCCAGAGGACUGGCAUUUUCUGAAGCUAUUUGGCGUCCGGCCCCCAGAUGGGGGGGUGUACGUGUGCCGGGCACGCAGUGGCUCCCAGGAGGCCCUGGCUGCUGCCGUGCUCCUGGUUGAACCCUGGGUGCUGCCAGACAGGCUCCCUAAUGGCUCUCCUGCUGAUGGCCCCGAGCUGCUGGCAGAGCAGCAACAGCGGCGGCGGCGGCACGUGGCAGGACGGCAUGCGGGACUGGAGCCCCAGGUGCCCAACGGCAUGGUGCCGGCCACAGUGCCGGGGGCCAAGGCAUUCGCCGUGAGUGCGGGAAAGCACGCCAAAUUUCGCUGCUAUGUCACCGGCAAGCCCAAACCGGAGAUCAUCUGGCAGAAGGACGGUGAGCCCCUCGUCCUCGGCCGCAGGCACCUCGUCUACGAGGACCGGGAGGGCUACUUCAUCCUCAAGGUGCUGUACUGCAAACCCCAGGACCAGGGGCUGUAUGUCUGCACCGCGUCCAACAGCGCUGGCCAGACCCUCAGCGCGGUCCAGCUCCAGGUGAAAGAGCACCGGCUGCGGUUCCAGGUGCAGCUGGCAGACGUGGAAGUGGCAGAGCGGGAGGACGCUGUGCUGGAGUGCCAGGUGCCGCUGGAGACCAUCCCCACCGCCUGGUACCUGGAGGACAGGGAGCUGCAGCCCAGCCACAAGUACGUGAUGGAGGAGCGAGGCGUGCUGCGGCGCCUGACCAUCCGUGAUGCCCGCACCGAUGACGAUGGCAUCUACCUCUGCCAGAUGAAGGACAAGGGGCGCAGCAUUGCCGAGGUUUCUGUCCGAGGGGUGAUCACGAAGCGGCUGCCACGGAAGCUGGAUGUGAUGGAGGGGGAGAACGCGGUUUUCUGCGUGGAGACGCGGGAGGCAUUGGAGGGGAUCUGCUGGAGCCGGGACGGGCUGGAGCUGCAGGAGUCACCCUGCACAGUGCUGAAGAGCUUCGGCAGGACGCACCUCCUGGUACUGGUGCACGUCACCCGCCAGGAUGCGGGCAUCAUCUCCUUCGCCGUCGGGGAGUCGCAGACGUCCUCCCAGCUCCGGGUCAAGUGUGUGAAGCGUGACCCCCCGAGUGCGCCGGUGGCAGCUGAGAUGAGCGCGGCAGAGAGCAACGUGGCCUUACUGACGUGGUGCCCCGCACCCGACGCCAACCUCCGCCCCCCCGGCCGCUACCUGCUGGAGCGGCGGGAGGCAGUGGGGGGUGAGUGGGUGCAGUGCCUCACCACUGACUUGCCUGGUCGUGUGCGGGUGCUGGGUGACAGCGUGCCCCGCGAGGCCGACUACUGCUUCCGCAUCUGCGCCGCCAAUGAGCACGGCAGGAGCAGCCCCGUGGAGUUCCCUGGCUCUGUGCACCUGGCUCCGGCAGCUCACCUGGAGAGGGGUCUGCAGGACGUGCAGGUGCGGGAUGGCGAGGAUGCACGGUUCUCCCUGGAGCUGUCGGCGGCAGUGCAUGGUGCCUGGUUCCUCAACGGCGCUAGGCUGGGCGAGGAGGGGGAGGCUGCGAGUGGCCGGUGCUGUGUGCAGCACCGUGGGACGGAGCACUCGCUGCUGAUCCGUGAAGUGCGGCUGGCUGACAGCGGUGCCCAGGUCACCUUUGUGUCUGGUAGCGUGCAGGACUCGGCCAUGCUGCAUGUGCAAGCCCCGCAGGUCCGCAUCACCCUGGUUCCUGAGGCCGAGUGGCUCAGGGAGGUGCCAGCAGGGCUCCCUGUGCUGCUGGAGUGCCAGGUGUCCCCCCCGGCUGCCCCUGUUCGCUGGCUGAAGGACGGUGAGGCCGUGCCCUUGGACGACGUUAUUGCAGUGCAGGUGGAGGGCUGUGUGCGGAGGCUGCUCCUCCGCUCAGCGGGUCCCUCAGACACCGGCGUGUAUACCUGCGACGCCGGGGACAAUGCUGUGAGCUUUGUGGUGACCGUGACCGAGGCACCAGUGAGGAUUGUCAGCUCCAAUGAGGAGGCCCCCCACGCCUACACAGCCGGGCAGCGCGUGGAGCUGUGGUGCCAGCUGUCCCGUCCGGCGGCCCCGGUGCGCUGGUACAAGGACGGGGAGGAGGUGGAGGAGGGCGAGAGCCUGGUGCUGGAGCAGGAGGGGCCGCGGCGCCGGCUGGUGCUGCCCUGUGCCCGGCCGCAGGACACGGGGGAGUUUGUCUGUGACGCCGGCGGGGACUCCGUCUUCUACACCGUCACCGUGGCAGAGGCACCAGUGAGGAUUGUCAGCUCCAACGAGGAGGCCCCCCACGCCUACACGGCCGGGCAGCGCGUGGAGCUGUGGUGCCAGCUGUCCCGUCCGGCGGCCCCGGUGUGCUGGUACAAGGACGGGGAGGAGGUGGAGGAGGGUGAGAGCCUGGUGCUGGAGCAGGAGGGGCCGUGGCGCCGGCUGGUGCUGCCCUGUGCCCAGCCGCAGGACACGGGGGAGUUUGUCUGUGACGCCGGUGGGGACUCCGUCUUCUACACCAUCACUGUGGCAGCCCCCCAGGUCCGCAUCACCCCAGUCCCCAAGGCACAGCAGCUCCAGGAGGUGCUGGCAGGGCUGCCUGUCGUGCUGAAGUGCCAGGUGUCCCCUCCGGAUGCCCCCGUCCACUGGCUGAAGGAUGGCGAGGCUGUGGUCCCAACCGAGGUCUUGGCCAUCUGCUCGGAGGGAUGCUCGCGGAAGCUACACAUCCCCGCAGCCGUGCUGUCUGACUCUGGGAUGUACACCUGCAAUGCUGGGGACGAUGCCACCAGCUUCAGGGUGACCGUGAGCGGUGAGAUGCCCUGGGGGUGCCCGUCCUCCUGUGGGGCUCACCUGCCACCAUGGCUGAGCCCCCCCAUGUGCUCCCCGGCAGAGGCACCAGUGAGGAUUGUCAGCUCCAACGAGGAGGCCCCCCACACCUACAUGGCCGGGCAGCGCGUGGAGCUGUGGUGCCAGCUGUCCCAUCCAGCGGCCCCGAUGCGCUGGUACAAGGACGGGGAGGAGGUGGAGGAGGGCGAGAGCCUGGUGCUGGAGCAGGAGGGGCCGCGGCGCCGGCUGGUGCUGCCCUGUGCCCGGCUGCAGGACACGGGGGAGUUCAUCUGUGAUGUUGGGGACGUGUCUGUCUCUUACCACAUCUCAGUGGCAGAGCCGCCAGUGAGGAUCCUGCACCCUCCACAGCGCUCGCUGGAGCUGUCAGUGCAGGCGCCGGGGCGUGUGGAGCUGCGGUGCGAGCUCUCCGUGCCGGAUGCUCCCGUGCGCUGGUUCAAGGAUGGGCUGGAGGUGGAUGAGACUGACAACCUGCUGCUGCUGGUGGAGGGGGCCUGGCGCUGCCUCCUCAUCCCCAGGAGCAGCACGGAGGAUGCGGGCGAGUACAUCUGCGAGAGCAAGGAUGAGGCUGUCUCCUUCGAUGUCAAGGUGUCAGAGCCACCAGUGAGGAUCCUGCAGCCCCGCAGACCUCCCCCUGUCGUGAUGGUGGCCCCAGGGGAAACGGUGACGCUGGGUUGUGAGCUGUCCCGCGCGGAUGCGCUCGUGCACUGGGCCAAGGAGGGCGUCAGGCUGGAGGCUGGGGGCAGCCUGGUGCUGGAGGAGGAGGGUGCCCACCGCCGCCUGCUCAUCCCUGCGGCCCGAGCGGAGCACUCUGGAAAAUAUGUCUGCGACGCCGCCGAUGACACAGUGACCUUCACUGUCCAAGUUUCAGACCCACUGGUCAGGAUCCUGGAGAGGGAUGUCCUGCCGACCCGCCAGCACUGCCGGGCCAUGGAGGACCUGGUGCUGGAGGUGCACCUGUCGCACGCCCAUGGGGAGGUGAAGUGGUACAAGGAUGGGGAGAAGCUGCAGGACACGGGGCGCGUGCGGCUGGAGGAGGAUGGGGCACGCCGCUCACUAGUCAUCCUGGGCACCACGGGCAGGGAUGCAGGGGAGUAUCUCUGCGACACUGGUGAUGACAGCAUCGUUUUCUUUGUCACUGUGGAAGUCCCAGAGCCACCGGUGACCAUCGUGGGCAGCACAGGUGCUGUAGAACAUCGCUGCCUGGUGGCCGGGGAAGACCUGGUGCUGGCUUAUGAGCUCUCCCGGCCUGACGCCACCGUGCGCUGGCUCCGGGAUGGCCAGGAGGUGCAGCCAGGUGAGCGGGUGCAGGUUGAGGUCCGUGGGGUGCUGCGGCAGCUCACCAUCCAUGGGGUGCAGCCCGGCGACUCAGGGUGCUACAUCUGCGACGCUGCCAGUGACCGUGCAGUGAUGAGCGUGGAGGUGUCAGCCCAGCCCGUGCGCAUUGUCAACAAGGAGGAGGUGCAGAGCCCACUGGAGGUGCUGGAAGGGGACAGUGUGACGCUGGUGGCCCAGCUGUCUCCGGAGACAGCAGCGGCACAGUGGCAGAAGGACGGACAGACGCUGCGCUCGGGCGGGCGGCUGCUGGUGUGCAGCGAGGGCCCCGCACGCAGCCUCACCAUCAAGCAAGCGGAGCUGGGCGACAGCGGCAUCUUCCUCUGCGAUGCCGGUGAUGACGAGGUGAAUUUCACGCUGCAUGUGAAAGAGGCGCCCAUGCUGUUCGUGAACAAACGGGAGGAGCGGGAGAAGCUGCUGGUGCUGGAGGGUGGCAGCGCCGUGCUCUCUGCCAUCGCCUCCACGGAGCGAGCCGACGUCACCUGGCUGGGCCCACAGCAGGCAGCGGUGGCUGGCGAGCGCUGCGAGCUGCGGCAGGACGGCCGCGUGCACAGCCUCGUCCUCUGCAACGUGGCCAAGGAGGACGCCGGCAUCUACACCUGCCUCUCCCCUCAUGACCAGAUGCAGUUCGACGUGAGCGUCCGAGAGCUGCAGGUGAAGUUCCUGCGUGGGCUGUCGGACGUGCGUGCCCGGCAGGGCGAGCGGGCGGUGCUGUGGUGUGAGCUCUGCAAGGCGCGAGGUGACGUGGUGUGGCGGAAGGAUGGGCGGGCGCUGGCGCCUGGCCCCCGCCGGCAGAUCAUGGCGGAGGGGCGAGAGCGCUCGCUGGUGCUGAGCCCUGUGGAGCCUGAGGAUGCGGGCGAGUACUGCUGCGAGUCCAACGAUGACCGGACGCUGGCGAUGCUGACAGUGCAGGUCCCCAGGGUGGUGGAGAUCAUCACGGAGCUGCAGAGCCUGACGGUGCUGGAGGGGGAGGACGCCACCUUCAAGUGCCUGGUGUCCCCCGAGGACGUGGCUGUGACCUGGCAGCUGAACGGCCAGCCUGUGGUCCCCAGCGAGCAGCUGCUGGUGACGAGGAGCGGGCUGUGCCACAGCCUCACCCUCCGGCACUGCCAGCCGUGCGACACGGCCACCGUGACGGCCAAUGCCGAGGGGCUGGUGAGCACGGCCCGGCUGAGCGUGCAAGAGGCACAGGUGCUGUUCGUGCGGAAGCUGCGGGACGUGGUGGCAGAGGAGCAGGGGGACGCGUGCCUGGAGGUGGAGGUGAGCCACGAGGCUGCUGAGGUGCAGUGGCUGAAGCAGGGCGUCCUCCUCCAGCCGGGCAGCAAGUACCAGCUGCAGGAGUUAGGGCGCCGACGCAUCCUCACCAUCCGCUGCCUUGUCCCUGCCGACCGUGGCACCUACCGCUGCGAGAGCCUGCACGACCGCACGCAGGCCAGGCUCUGCGUGGAGCCCCGGAAGGUGUCGAUCCGGAUGCCGCUGGCAGAUGUGGAGACCUUUGAGAAGGAGACGGCCACCUUCCACCUGGAGCUGUCUCACCCCGACGUGCCUGGGGUCUGGACACGGGACGGCAUCCGGGUGAAGCCCAGCAGCACGUGCCGGAUCAGCGCCACGGGCUGCAGGCACAGCCUGACGCUGGAGGGGCUGGCACUGGAGGACUCGGGCACCGUCACCUUCACUGCUGACAUGCUGCGUUGCAGCGCCCGCCUGCUUGUGCGCGAGCCUCCAGUCACUAUGGUGAGGGUCCCACGGGACCUGGGGGUCCCGGAGACAGGGGUCGCCAGCUUCGAGUGCGAGCUGUCUCGCCCCAGCAUGGAGGUGAAGUGGUUCAAGGACGGGCAGGAGCUGCGGCCGGGGCCCAACUGCCGCAUCUACUCCGCGGGUCGGCGCCGCGUCCUGCAGCUGAACCGCUGCGAGCUGGCCGACGCUGGCAUCUACACCUGCGAUGCAGGCGACUGCCGGGCCUCUGCCACGCUGCACGUCCAGGAGCGCCAGGUCCGCAUCGUGCAGGAGCUGCAGGACGCCCAGGUGCGGGAGGGUGACAAUGCCGUCUUCACCUGUGAGGCUUCACACGGGGACGUGAAGGGCGAGUGGUUCCGGGAUGGGGAGAAAAUCAAGGUCUCCAGUACGGUGAAGAUACGGCAAGAAGGGACCCGGCAUUUCCUGCUACUCUGCGGCGUGCACCCUGAGGACGCAGGACUCAUCCGCUUCGUGGCCGGGAUGGUUGUCUCGGAGGCCAGCCUGCGGGUGGAAGCGCUGCCCAUCCGGAUCGUGAAGCCACUGCGGGACAAGACGGUGCUGGCGCGGCACAAGGCGACGCUGGAGUGCACCGUGUCCCACGCCCGGGGCCGGGUGCGCUGGCUCCGCGGGGAAACUGAGAUCUUUGCUGGUGACAAGUAUGAGAUUUGCAACCUGGACUGCUACCGCACGCUCAUCAUCCACUGCGUGGGCCCCGAGGAUGAGGACUCGUACACCUGCGACGCCUUCGACGACCGCUCCACUGCCCGGCUCCUUGUGGAGGGGAGCUAGGAGCCAGGAUGUGGCACCCAGGGGCUGCACACAGACUGAUGGACCCUGCUGCUGGGAGAUGAGGUCAUGCUUCCCCUGGGAUGUAUGGACACACAGACACUAUCCCCAGCCUGCUCCGGCCUCAGGGUUCUGCAUUAAACGGCAUUUUUUUCUGACAUGGCUUCUUCUCCCCCAGCGAGCCCUGGUC